AUGACUCGGGAUAGAUUUUAUACCAUCAGAACAAGACUAAAAGUUGUAUGCGAUAUUGACGUCACUGAUGAAGAGAAAAAGAACAGGCUAUGGAAAGUCAAAAGAAGAAUUUUACAAGGUUGUCUUCGUCAGAAGAGAUCGGAGCACAUCUCAAUAGAUGAGAUGAUAAUCCCUUUUACUGGGACAUGUGGAUUAAAACAAUAUUGUCCAAAUAAACCAAACCCCGUAGGGUUAAAGGUUUUUGUUGCUGCAAAUCCGGAUGGGCUCGUAUUGGACAUGGUAGUCUAUCAAGGUGAAAAAACAUUUGAAGAUUAUGUCUAUCAAGGAUUUUCGCUUUGUGAAGCAGCUAUUCUUAGAUUGAGUGAAUCGUUAGUUCCCGGUCAUUACCUGUACUUUGACAGAUAUUUUUCCACAACAAAGCUUUUGAAUGAACUACAUUUGAGAGGGUUCAAUAGCACUGGGUCAAUAAUGAAUAAUAGGGUACCUAAAGGAUGUACUCUGUCCGACGACAAAGAUUUUAUUAAAAAACCUAGGGGCACCACUGAGGUUAAAUGUAGAGCUGAUGGAAAAUUAGCCAUCAUGAAAUAG